CAUCCAUCAUCUCACACUUCUCUGACCUAGCUUCUCACCCUCCCUCAUUUACUCCCUACCAGCAACAUUACAUUAUCCAGACAUCACAGAGUCAUGGUGCCAUUCCGCAACUAAACUUGCAGGCCCGAUCCACUCAUCACCUACCUGCGCAGCUUGAGCACAACACUCACGUUCACCGUUUCACCGCCCGCACGAUCUCGUGGCCAGUCCCUUACCAAGGGACAUCUAUCUAUAAGAAACCCACACCAAGGGAGCUGCCUCUCGUCUUCCUCUUCUAUAUAUCUCAGCGCCUGUACAAGUAGUACCGUCCUCUAGUCAGAUCCAUAAUUUGCGUCUGUCUCCUUAUUAGAAGGCUCUUUCAACAUAGAGCUACCUUCCCUUCGACACUGCCCCGCACAUUACGUAUUUAAUCCUUAUCAUCUGGCAGCCAUGGGAGGUGAUCACAAAUGUCCCUUAUGCUCCGCUACGUUCACUAGACCUCAACAUGUAGGUCGACACCUGAGAUCGCAUACCGGCGAUAGGCCCUACGAAUGCAAAGAAUGUCCCCUGCGGUUUGCCAGAAGUGACCUUCUUUCGCGCCAUGUCAAUAAAGCACAUAGGGCUCCUGAUGAAGGGCCCAGCGACAAGAAACCGACUAAAAAGGGAAGAAGGAAAUCAGUCCCAGCCUCAAGCCACUCAGCGCUCACCAAAAUCAGAAUUGAAGAACAAGAAGAAGAGCAGCGACGACAGUUGCUUCAGCGACAACAGUUUCAGCGACAGCAACAGCAGCAACAGGAGCAGCAGCAGCAGCUAUUACAGCAGCAAAUGCAACAAGAAGCCGCGGCAGUAAGGGAACGGUCCAAGAGCGAAAGUCUCAAUCAGCAACCUCAUCUUCAAGCUCUCCGAAUGUAUCCUCAUCACCCGCUUCUGGCUUCUAGACCUGUUCAACCAUCUAUUGCCUCAAAUUCCUGGAACACCAAUCCAAGCGGCUCUUUCGCCGCAGCGGGCAUGAUGGCCAUGUCACCACCUUUCGACCCUACAAUUCAACGCCUCGGAGGAAACUUACAACCUUUCCAAGGCCAACCUUUUUUGGUUGGGCAACUUCCCAAUGACCCUCCUUUUACCGGCCAACCUAUGAGGCUCUCUGGAUCAGAUCAAGGCAUGAAGGCUGCAGACGGGCCUUCAGCUUCAGUCUUCUACGAGUUGGGUAUGAAGAAGAGGGCAUGUGAUCAGUGCAAUCACUCGAAGGUGAGAUGCGACUUUGCCGACCCUUGCCUUCGGUGUAGGCAAAGGAACCUGUCAUGCUCAUAUCGCAAACCUCCAAAGCUUUCUACUACCAUGGCACCGCCUCCAGCCCCUUACAACCUGCCUUUAAACACAAGCAGCACAACAGUGUCUCCAACGUCGCCGUACUCUUCCCCGAAUUCUUCAACUAGUGUCCUGGCUCCCACCGAGCCUAUUUCUUACCGAAAGCCUUCUGUUGCAUCCCUUCCUCCAAACCUUGGCAAUGUCCCCAAUCAGUCAAAUGCCCAGUCCGUGCCAUGGGUAUCUUAUCAAAAUACCAUGGGUACCACCUGGCCAUCUCCGCAAGCCCAGACCACAUACUCUAUCCCUGAUGGUACGGCCCCUGGCAGUAUUACUGGUCAGUUUGUUGAGUCUCCUGGGGCUGUACAUCCAGCGUUGCCGCCAUAUUCCUCACAGUCAAAAGCUCGAGCUGAACACAGCUUGUCCCCGCAUCGGUUGAGCAUGACUCAGACACCUUCACUGGUUGACAGUAUUGAUACUUCUUCAGAGAUGGACAUGGACGAUCCUGCUGAAAGAAGAGGCAGUCAUAACUCGUUUACCAGCUCAGUACCCAGAACUCAAUGGGGUAUCAAGGGUAAAGAGGUUGAAGGGGUUUUGAGGUUGCUUCCUAACACCGGUGCUUUUGAGCAGAACACAUCUCCUACCCAGACUGCGUCUAACCAGGUGUCGCCCGUCCCCGUCCGUGCAGAUCAGCUCUCAGAUAUAGUUUCCAAUCCUCAGUGGCAGUCACAAGGAACCAUCAACCCAAAAUGGCAAACACGGGGCAAUUUCUCGUCGGACGACGAGAGUUCUUCAGUGUUGUCCUCUUCUGCAAACUCGACUUUUCUCGAGCAGUCGGUUAACGCCUCUGCCAGUCAUGGAAACAUUCAUCAUGAACGUCGUAGAUCUAGCGAAAGUGCAUGGGACAAGGCCAUGGAACAAAUGACAAUACAAGAUCCACAAAAGAAUAUGGCCGUAGUUGGUGAGAUUGCGGACGGAAGUGUGCCUACUGUUCCACAAAUUUCUGAGACCGCAUCUGAAGGGACACAAGAGCUGCCUGGCCUUAUCGGACCGAAUGCUGAAGAAUCGCCGAUGGUGCCUACCCUUUCCGAUGUGAAAGAUCUGUGGCGAUUUUUCAUGACUGAGCCGAUGACUGGCUUGACUCCAGCUGGCGAAAAGCUUAAUGAACUCGAUAAUCUACCCGUUGUCACUCCCAGACCAGGCAUGGGCAAGCGCACCUUUAGCAAGUCAAGCUCGAUGCCCGACCUUCAAUCUCCCUUGGUUACUGGACCCGCGUUCUUCUCCACAUUCCUGAGCGGUAUGACUCCCAAGCCAACAGAAGCCCAGCACUCGUAUAUGCCCUCGCAUUGGGCGGAGAGAGAUCACUCCAGUGUCACCGAAGGCCUCGACGAGCCGGACAUGGGGAAGUGGAAUAAAGAGAUUGAACAGAGGCAGUCGUCAUUCAGCCUGGGGAAACCGAAUGCCAAGUUGGGCAAAGGUAAACCAGAUACGUUGUCUGGGAUUAAUGAUGCCCCUAUCCAACCCCCUGCGACGCAACCUAUUCGGCCUCUUCCCAGUGUCGUCCAGCGUUCUUCUGCCCUUGACCAAACUCUAGCGCCCGAAAGGCUUCCAAGUUUUGGUCUGACACCUGGAUUCGAGAUUCAACAGAACCCGCUCCUUUCCAAGCUUGGUUUGGCUUCUGCUGAUGCCAGGACUGGAAGCAAGCGAAUGGCCAGUUCUACAUUGGUUAACGACCAUAGAAAGGCGACUUUCACCGUAUGGGACGAAGAUGGACCUGCAACGCAGGGUCAGGGUAAUGGGGCAGGUUACGGCGCGGAGAGCAAGGCGCUUGCAGGUGGGGGGGCUUUAGGAGUAAGUACCGCUCAGGGAAAGGGACUUCAACAAUCACCAUUCAAGAGCUGGGCCCUCAAUACUAGUGCCGGAGCAAGUUGAUGAGCAAAGCCUAUUAAAAAGGGAUAUCAGCGAAUUGAUCGCAGAAGAUGGACGAUCUGGUUUUGUUGUUGUCGCAUAUUCAUUUGUUUCCUCCUCCAAAUCCCCAUUUCCGUCUGUAGAUAUGCGGAUGGCUGUCGGCGGAAUUGCUGAUUUCCUGUGAAAUAUAACUGUAUCAAUAGUGACUAUUAUAAAUGGAAUGUC